CAGUCCAAUCAUUUUCCCACAACUUCGUAAACGUUGGGUUUAGUAGUCUCCGACAUCGGAACCCGCAUUACGACUGUGAGAGAGCUUGCAGUCUUCCCUGGACGUCGCUUCUUCAACGUCAUUGCAACCAUGAGCAUACCAGUUAACCCUAAACCUUUCUUGAACAAUUUGACUGGGAAACCUGUCAUUGUGAAACUCAAAUGGGGAAUGGAGUACAAAGGUUUUCUUGCUUCAGUGGAUUCAUACAUGAACUUACAGCUAGCAAACACUGAGGAAUAUAUUGAUGGGCAAUUCACUGGAAAUCUGGGAGAGAUUUUGAUCAGAUGUAACAAUGUUCUCUACCUUCGCGGGGUGCCAGAAGAUGAAGAAAUUGAAGAUGCCGAUCGAGACUAAGAAGUGGAAUUAAAAGCGGUUAAGUAAUGGCCUAAGUAGGAUUUCUGUAUUUUGUUUUGUUUACUUUGAGCCAUAGAGCCAACAUUUUACUCUAUAUCCCAAGUCCAGGACAACAGCAUUUUCCAUCGUGCAUGCUUGCUAACUAUGACUAGAAGUACCCUCAUGAAAUACCUUUCAUCUAGUAGAUGCUGAUGGACAUAUUUCCUUUGAUUAAUUUUGGGAUGCAUGUAUCAAAAAUUCAGUGUAAAAUUUGAAUUUGGUUCAUUUUGUUUGACUAGCCCUUCGAUUGAUUUGAAAUGAACCUUGAUUUUUUCCA